AUGGAUGCUAAAGUAACGUUGGCACAACAGGGAGAAGCCAUUAUUACACUUGGUAGCAAUCAAUCAACAACAAAUCCUUUUAAGAAAGUGAUAUUCAAAUCGCGAUCCGUACGAAACAUGGCUAUUGGUUCGGUUGUGUCGAUUUUAAUAGUAACAGUGAUCACAACUGUCCUUGUUUUGAAAAGAUCCAACGCCCAAACAACUAGAAGUAUAAGUAUGACUUCAGUAAUACCUAUUCAGAAUAGUGAGAUGGUCUCGACACAAACAACUGGCGUCAGUUCAAGUAAAACGUAUCCAACAACAUCGAUUACUUCAAGUAAUACAUAUCCAACAACACCGACUACUUCGAGUAAUACAUAUCCGACAACGCCUAUUACUUCAAGUAACACACAUCCGGUGACAACGUUUAAUUCGAUAUCAACUCUUAGUAGUAAGAUCGUUUCAACAACAGCAAAUAAUGCGGUAGCAACAUCAGUGAGUUAUGCACGAAGUUAUAUUGGCUUUUGUUCGGCAUCGACUUCAAAUUCUCUUGUUUCAUCGUCUCUAACACCAAUUGGCGCCAUUUCCCUUACGUCAGCAUCGGAUAUACUCAUCAGUGUAUGUAAUGCAGCAGUGGGUCGUGAUGCAACAACAGUGGGUAUCGGCAACGGUAUAUGUCAAUCACCAACCGGACAGACGGUGUCUACCGUCGUAGAUGGAAAUUUAACAACAAAAUAUCUUAAUUUUGGCUUUGGUGAUCAUAACUCAUACAGCAGUUUGAAAGGUGUUGGUACAGGUUUCGUUAUCAUACCUCAGAGUGGCAAUUUUUCUGUCUUACAAGCAUUUCAAUUUGGUACAGGUGAUGAUAAUCCCACUCGUGAUCCCAUUACAAUUACAAUUGAAGGUAGUCAGUCCAACAAUUCAACCUAUCUUCUAUUAGGUUCAGCAUGGAGUCUCAUCUAUUACGGAUGGACAGGUAUUAAUUUAAAUAAUGAUCCAGGACGAACCGUCUAUGGAGAUUUGCAAACGAUUUCACAAGCAUCCGCAUACAGAGCUUAUCGCAUACUCAUUGCCUCUCAACGUGGAUCAGACGACUGUGUUCAAUAUAGCGAAGUUCGACUUCUUGGUUAUUUUAUCAACUAA